CGUACACCUGUAUUAUAAAGCUUUUGGCCUGUUUCCUUUCAAUAUUUUUGUGGAGAAAUGUCUAGGAAGUCGCCCCCCCUAUCCCAGCCCUUGUAGAGCCCAGUGUGUUAGUGACGUCAAUUUAGUCUUUAGGGAAGCAUUGAUGUGCAUGAUAACCAAUCGAGGCAGCGGUUGAUAAAUCUUAGGUGAUCUAUACUGAGAACCAGACUCACUGUGUGUGACUGAUAGAAAAGGUGCCAUAUGUGAAGUAACCAGAUAUAAGUACGCUCGAAAUCAUAAGAAAGAGUACAAUUAUUAUUAUUUAAAUCACCACAGUUUUAAAGAUACAGCAAAAAUUCUGGGCUAAGGUGGAUAAGCGUGUCUGCCAAAAGAGAUAGUGCUUGAUAUAAUAGAGGAUGCUAUCUGUGGUGCUAUUUUGGGGCUUAGUGGCACUGGGUCAGAGUCGUCCAACCAAGGAUGGAGACAUAAAAGAUGUGGAAUUCAGAAUGCCUAAUGUUCAGCCUCAAAAGCCUGAUACCUAUUUAUGUGUGCCAAUGAAGAUGGAAGAAAUUGCCAAAUAUGUAGUUGGAUUUGUUCCCCAUGCCAACAUGUCCACUGCCCACCACAUGCUGCUGUAUGGGUGUGAAGAGCCUGGGCAGACAGACAAGGUUUGGAAUUGUGGAGAGAUGUCAAUGAAGGAGAAAAGUUCUUAUACCAUGGCUCCAGUGUGCCAAAAAGGAUCCGCCAUCAUUUAUGCAUGGGCAAUGGAUGCUCCUCAACUGACGCUCCCCAAGGAUGUUGGCUUCAAGGUCGGUGGAAACUCUGAGAUCCAGUGGCUGGUAUUACAGGUUCACUACAAAGAUGUCAGUAAUUUUGUCCCGCCCAAGUCUGGAUCUGACCAUUCUGGAAUCACAAUGAAGGUCACAGAGACAGAGCAACCCAAGCGAGCUGGUGUUUAUUUGCUGGGAACAGAUGGACGCUUAGAUCCUCAUGAGACUGUAUACAUGGAGGCAGCUUGUAAGAUCACAGAGGACUUUGUCAUGCAUCCAUUUGCCUUCAGAACCCAUGCUCACACUCAUGGCCAAGUAAAUGCUGGAUAUAGAGUACGAGAAGGACAAUGGACAGAGGUUGGACGACAGACUCCCAAAAAGCCUCAAAUGUUCUACAAUACUACUGACCCAGAUUUGACAGUCAGAGAAGGAGAUUACUUGGCUGCCAGAUGUACUAUGACCAAUGAUGAGGACAGAACAGUUUAUGUUGGCCCUACCCAGAAUGAUGAGAUGUGCAACUUCUACAUCAUGUACUACGUCACUGGUGACAAGAUCCUUCGCAAUAACUAUUGCUUUAGCUCUGGGCCUCCUCGCUGGUACUGGAGCAAUAUAGGUGCUCUGAACUACCAGGCUGCCCCCAAGAGUGCCAGCAUGCUUCCAGGGUCAGAUAAGCUUCUGGUGGAGACAAUGUCCCACUAUGACAAGUACGCUGAUCCUGAGUACCGAGAGCUGGACUCCAUGGAUGAUCAACUGCUAGUAGAUGAGCUGCUAGGCAGAAAUGGGGACUUUGAGGAUGAAGAUGAGGAGGAUGAAGAUGAAGAAGGUUAUGGGGAUGAGGAGGAGCAAGAUUAUGAUAGAGAGUAUAAGACUCUGUUGAAGCUUUAUGAAGAACUUAAUAGUUUAUAGAUGGCUAAAGAGUUUCGUAAGGGCCCUGUUUCACAAAAAUGCUACAAUCAGUUUGUAACUAAAAUUUUAGACCCCAGAGAUUUAGCUGACUAAGAUGUAUUUCACAAAAAAAUCUAAAAUGCUGCUGACCUAAUUUUUGUCAUCUUAAAACUAAUCCCAUGACUGCAAUACAUACGUACCUCACACAACAGUAAUGGUAACCAUAACAAAUUGAUGAAUUCAACAUAAUACAUCUUUUAGAAUCAGUUAUGUAUUAGAUGUCUGAUUUUCACCCAAUCAUGAUGGAAAAAUGUAACAAUUAAGCCAUCAAUGAAUAUAUAAAUUACAAGCACAGUGUUAGCUUGUCACUGACUUUUGCCCAACUUCGUAAUUUGGCCUGCUAUCAAAAGAGCACUAAGAUUAAACAUUCUAACACUUUGUAAAACACUCUCAGACAAUGCAAUGCUGGAUUGCAUGGUAAAAAUGAUUUUAGCAGUUUUAGUUUAUUAGUCCAUAGACGUAAGACUUUUUGUUAGACAGGGCCCAGGAUUAUUUUCACCAAAGAUAUGCAGCUCUAAGGAUUAGAUUCAUUUUAGAAUUUUUCCUCUAGAUAAACUUGAUAAUAACUGAGCCAUGACAUAGCAUAGCAAAAUUUCAGGACUGCCACAUACUCUUCUUGCAAAUUUGCCAUAAAUUAUGAAGAAGGGAUUUUACCAUGCUAAUGAGGUCUGUUGCAAAUUUGUAAUAACAAUAGAUAUGUUAGCUGCUGUCAAUUGGUAAACAAUGGUUAGGCAAUGAUGUCAAAAGUUAAGAGCUUAGAGGUGAAAAAUGAAUCUAAUCCUAGAAAUUGCAUUGAUACAUUUAUUAUGUUACAUGGUUGAUGAUUUGAGAAUGAUGAUUUUACUCUAUGAUAAAUAUUUAUGUAGGAAGGAGGGAGUUACAGAGAGGAUUAUUACAUUCUAAGUUCUAUGAUAAUGUCCCCUGAAUAUAAUAUUUUUAAACAAAUUAGAUAAUUUUGGCAUGGUCACAAAUUUUAUAUUUUAAGAUGUUUUACAGAACUGGUAUCAUGCUUCUGUAAUAAGAUAUGUUAGACCAAGAGAAGCAGU